AGGACCCAGUUGAUCCCGCCCCUGGGCUUUAAAUAUCCAAGAUGGCGGUGGUCUGUUUGUCCCGGUGACCAAGUCCCAUAGAUGAUAGGAUGCUGAAGAAUACCGGCUACUUCCGGGGGCUCGAAUGCCCAUUUAGGGAGUGUUGUCGGCGCCCGUACUGUCACUUUAGGCACCGGGGGAGGGCAGCCGGGAACGUAGUUCCUGAAGAGACCCAAGUCGGGGCGGAAUAUGACCCAUACAGCCCAGAGCUUCAAACUCUGCUGCCAGGCAGUGCUGAUGAUGUUGUACUGGGGGCUAUUUCUGAACCAAGAUUGGAUAUUCUGGAGCUGGAAAGAGUCAAUAAAGCUAUUGAGGCAGUAAAGAGUGAAGUGGAGAGAGAACAAAGAAAAUAUAAAGAGCUGCUUGAGACAAAAAAGGAGUACAAUGCUUCCUCAAGCAGUGUUUCACAGACUGAUGCUUAUUCUCCAUUGGAAUAUAAUCCAGGGAGUUGCAAAAAUGGCACAACAGACUACAAUCCCACACCACUAUCAAAACCAGACAAAGUAUUUUCCAAAUAUACCCUGAACGAUUCUGGUGAAGGGAAUAGCAAGGGUAGGUUUAUGGAGUAUGUUCCAACUACAGUUGCACCGGCCGCAAAAUACAAAACAAACAAGUAUGUCAUUGAUAAUUCUAAACCACCUACAUAUCUAGAAUAUGACCCUAUGUCCAAUUACUCAGCUAGGCUGUUAAGCAAAGAAAGAGAGCAAAAAGGGACCAAAAUAUGCAGAUUGGAAAAUCAAGAAGAAAUGUACUCCCCUUCAGUCAAAAAGGUUUGCAGGAAUGCCUCUGAGAAUUUGGUUGACGCUCAGUUUUCUGAUUCUGGGGACGAGACUGAAUCACAGUAUUCUCCACUUAAAGACCGAAAACUUACAUCUAAAAUAAAAGAGGAAGCCUUGCCCAUAGAGAGGGCCAUCAAAGCUGAAGGAAAGGACAGGUUUUCUGGAGAGGUGAAGGAGAUGGCUGUACAGUACAAUAUGGAAGAUAUUGGCCAACUGGUUACGGCUAUCCAAAGUAAAGUUACUAUUGUCAGCAAGAGUGACUCAACCAAGGAGAAGGGGAAAGUACAUAAUUUUGUAAAGACAAAAACGGGUAAAGAUGCUAGUAUUGGAAAAGCUGGUAAAAAAUCUUUUGCACUAAAGCAAAAACCCGAGACCCACAAAACAGAGAAGGUUAAAUCCAAGAAUCAUAAAACGGACAAGAAAAGUUCAGUUAAAUCCUCUGCAGAGUCAAACAAAAAGAAGUCGGGAAAAAAUUUGAGCAAAGAGAAACCGUUUAGAUCUGAAGAGGACACAAAGGGUGGAGUGAAAAAUGGAAAAUAUAAUACAAAGUUUACAAAGAGUGAAACAGCAGAAAAGUCUAGGAUAUCUACAGGUAGUAUAAAGGCUAGGCCAAAGCGACGGUCUCUCAGUCAUGCAGAUUUAUUUGGGGAUGAGAGUAGUGAGGAGGAUAUAAAAAAGAAAAAACACCGGUCACGUGAUUCUAGAGCAGGGUCAAAUAAAGGAGGACAUAGCGACACCGAGGAACAUUGCAGUAUACAGAAUAGCAAGGUUCUUCAAAGACCUUCAACACUGUCUGUAGAUGAGAUUGAUUUCUCACUGGUAGAAAAAGAGGUGGAUUCUGACUCUGAUCCAAUGGAGGAGUGCCUGCGGGUAUUUUAUGAGUCUCAAGAUGUAAAGACCGAGGACAAGGGCAGAAUUGCAAACCAGCCUCAAGUACAAAGCAAGAUAUCAGAAGAGACUUUGACCACUUUAUUUCCUGGACAGAAGAGGAGAAUUUCUCAUCUCACCAACCCACCUAAUGAAGAAGUUUCUAGCAAGCCUGUAAGCCUACCAUGCCGCCGCUCAACACCUCAGGAAAUGUGUUAUCUACGAAUCCAGCGAGCACAGGAGCAGGCUGUACAGCUCCUUGCACAGCAGGAAGUAAAAAAGUUGACAAGCACUGCUCCUAAAACCUCACUGUCUCAGCCGGGGGCAAAGAAGAGAAUAGCGCAUGUGCCUGAUAUUCCAUCAUCCAACAGUCAGGCAGUUACCCCAGAAAUGGAGAACGCUGCUUCAGUUGGUAUGGUUUCAUCACCCAGUGGUUUAUCCUCUGCAAUAAAUACUCGAACUCUGUCUGGCAUGGCAUCCAAAACCACCACCACAGUAGUGCAAAAGAGACAGGCACAUGCACCAUCACUACAGAGUGCCACCUUGAAGAGACCAGUAAUUCCUGCUGAAUUUGGUGCUAAAGUUCCAACUUCUGUACGACAACGUUACCUCAACCUUUUUAUUGAUGAGUGCCUACAGUUAUGUGCUUCACAACAAGAGGCAUUUGACAAGGCUCUCUUUGAGGAAAAAGGGGUUUAUAGUCGUAGCACAAGUCGUAAUAUUUACUUGAAUGUGGCAGUUAAUACUUUAAAGAAACUGAGAAAUCAAGGACCAAGUAAUAAAGCAUCUUCAUCUAAAAGCAUGAACAAGAAAGCUGUAUCUCAUGAAUAUAUCCUGGGAGGAAAGCUAGCAGCAAAAAACAGUUUUUCUGUGCAAAGCAACAGUGGUCACAGAGAGGAGAAACUUUCAGAUGCUGCUUUGUAUAAUAAACUGAAAGAUUAUAUGCUAAGUGAAGAGCAAAUGCAAGAGCAUGGAUACCCGAGGGCUCAUCCUGAUAAAGCUGGAAAAGCCGUGCUUUUUAAUACAGAGGAAAAGAGGAGCUCGGAUUCUUCCUGCAGAGUGUGCUGCCGCUGUGGAGCAGAAUAUUUGGUGUCUACUAGUGGAAACUGUGUGCGCAGAGAGGAAUGCAUCUAUCAUUGGGGUCGUCUGCGCAGACAGAGAGUGCAUGGCGGUUGGGAGACUCAUUACAAUUGCUGCUCUGGAGCUGUUGGAUCAACUGGUUGUCAAACAGCCAAACAACAUGUGUAUGAUGGCCGCAAGGAGAACCUAGAUGGAUAUGUGAAGACGUUUGAGAAAUCACAGCCUGUUGAUAGCAAUCCUGGGAUUUUUGCCUUGGAUUGUGAAAUGAGUUAUACCACACAAGGCCUGGAGCUGACCCGUGUCACAGUCAUAAACUCAGAACUCAAAGUUGUGUAUGACACUUUUGUUAAACCGGACAACAAAAUUGUUGAUUAUAACACAAGGUUUUCAGGUGUGACAGAGGAGGAUUUACAGAAUACUGCUAUGACGCUGCGUGAUGUACAGGCUGUCCUGCUCUCCAUGUUUAGUUCUAAAACUAUCUUGAUUGGUCACAGCUUGGAAAGUGACCUAUUUGCACUUAAGAUAAUUCAUCGUUCAGUAGUAGAUACAGCCAUAGUCUUUCCCCAUCGUUUCGGAUUGCCAUACAAGCGGGCGUUGAGAUCACUAAUGGCAGACCACUUAAAACGUAUCAUUCAGGACAGUGUGGAGGGUCAUGACUCCAGUGAAGAUGCUUGUUCCUGCAUGGAGCUCAUGAUCUGGAAGAUAAAGGAAGAUGCUAAAGUGAAACGAUGAUUCUUGCACAACAACCAUUAUUUCAUGACAGACUGAGUCCUCAGAUGGAAGAACUAAACCCCUGCAGCAAGGACCAAAUUCAGAAAAUGGAGUGGCCUUUAAAUUUGUUGGAGACGUUUUAUUGUGGAGGCUACUUGUUAACCUAGUAAUAAAAACGUUAUUGUUCAAAUGGUAAACUCAAAAUGCUGGACCUGGAUCUCUCGGCAACCCCAUUUCCGGCAAAAUCAUAUUUUUGUUAGGAAACUGACAUUCAGCUGGUGCUGAAUGACUUAUUAAAGCAGUUGAAAAAAGUACUGAAAAAAUAGUCUAUUUCCUUAAGGCUUAUAGCUUCAGGGCAUUUUAAUUUCUGCUACCCAGUGUGGAAUACAUUGCAUUGAUGCAAAUGGGAUGUUUUAGUGUGCUGCCCAGGAACGAAUGAUCCCUAACAUUUUCCAUUCAAAUUUUUUUAAAAAAAUUGAUAUUCAGGUAGUGGACAUUUUGGUUGCCAUAACCCUAAAAUUUUCAAACAAAUCAGUAAUUGUUUGCUUAUUUAUUACCAUAUAGAUUAAAAGUGGGGAAGUAAGCCACUUCCCCCUUUUCCUUUUUUUUUCUUUUGUUAAAAGCAUUUUUUAUGUUCAGUGUUUUCAAAGCAAUAUGUAUAAAAAAAAAUACCUAAGGUAUUAAGCAGGCUAUGAAACCUGGAAAAUCAUUUUUAAGUAUGCAAAAUAUAGGAAGCUUUUGAAAGAGAUGAGAACAUACCAGGUAGAGCUAAACCACCUAUAUCUCUUUAUUUUAAGUUGUAUUUAAUUUAUAAACACUGUUUUUGUACUGUAAGGUCAGCGCAUUUAUACCAUAUCUAAUGCGUUGCUGUUAAGAUCAGUUGUAAUUAAACUUUACAUAAUUAUUCA